AUGAAGUAUUUGGCUGCUUACUUGUUGUUGGUUCAAGGUGGUAACGAAUCCCCAUCUGCUGAAGACAUUAAGAACGUUAUUGAAUCCGUUGGUGUCGAAGCUGAAGAGGCUAAGAUUGCUGCUUUGCUAGCUUCCUUCGAGGGCAAGGGCUCUUUGGAUGAAAUCAUCGCUGAAGGUCAAACCAAGUUGGCUAGUGUUCCAGCUGGUGGUGUCGCUUCUGCUGGUGCCGCCGCUUCCGCUGGUGGUGCCGCUGAUGCCGAAGCCGCUGAGGAGAAGGAAGAAUCCGCUGCCGAAGAAUCCGAUGACGACAUGGGUUUCGGUUUGUUCGAUUAG